UCAUAGCAUUAUAUGUUGUAUGAUACGUUAUGAGAACAUACAUAAGAAACUUAUAAGAAUAAAGAUAUUUAUAUAACGAUAUUUAUAUAUUUAUAUAAUAAAGAUAUUUAUAUAUUUUUAAAUAACGUUCAUUAAAAUGCUUAAUCCAGAAAUAUGGAAUUUCAAACCACCUCAACAUUAUUUUUCGAUUGAAGAAAAAGAUUUCAAGAAAAAUGAUAUACCGAACAUAAUCAAGUCACAUUAUUUUAACCAUUCUAUAUCCUUGAUACUUCCUGAUACAAUUAGAAUUCCAAAUGAAUUGCGAACUUGUAUUUUUGAAGAUAGUGAUUAUUAUCGAAUUAAUAAUUUAAAUGUAUCUGAAUUAAUAAAUAAAGAAUUUAUAGAAGCAUUCGUGAAGAAAGGAGAACUAACACUUUUAACUAUAGAAAAUAAUAUAGAUUUAGAUAAUUCAGUUGCUAUUACUCCAUCUGGACAUUUAAUAUUAUCAUUAUUAACAGAAGAUUUUCAAAAAUUGGGAUUAGAAGGCAAAGUUUCUUUUUUCGACCGUAAAAUGCAUACACGUUAUGUCACAAUAAUUGAUUUGAAAUCUGAAAAUUUUACAUCUGGUAAGAAAAAUUAUGAACAUGUUCAAACAUCAUUGAAGAAACACUUUGAUAAAAAAUUCAAUAUAAUUAUUUCAUGGAAUCCAUCAGAAGAAAAUGUGUGCCCAUCAUCUGUGGCAGCAUGGUUUCACAAACGUAAAUAUAGUGUAUUUCUUUGUCAACAAGUUUUUUUACAAAGAACUGAAUAUUCUUUAUCAAUACCAAUAAUUUCCAAUGAAUCUGAUACUGAUAAAUUUUUUGAAUGGCUUGGAGUUUUUAGUAUAUGUGGUGAUUUAAAAAAUAAUAUAGAAAAUGAUUAUGUAAAUACAUAUAAAUGUCCACUUCCAUCUAUGAAUGUUGGUCAAGUACAAUAUUUACAAUGGACUGGUUUUUUCACAAGAAAUCAGAUAAAAAAUUUAUAUAAUGCUAUGAAUGAAUAUAUAUCAACAAAAAAUACUUUACCGUGGACUGCUUUACAUGUUCAAGGAUUUCUAGAUAGUCCUGUUAGUUGGGAUCUAAAAGAACAUACAUUUUAUACUGAUGGUGAUAAUAGUUACACUAUUGUAUUUAGACCAGCUGCUCAUUCUAUUAUUUAUAAAAAUUUAAGUUCGAAUAAUAAACCAAGAAUCUUUCAAUAAUUAUAAAUUUUAUUAUAAUUGAUGAUAAAUAUUAGUCAAUUUUAUAAAAAAAAGUAAAAUAUAAUUUAAUUAUAAUUUAUAAAUAUACAUAUAAUUAUUAAUAUAUAAUUAAGAUAUAUAAAAUGAAAAAUGCAUAAAAAUAUAAUAUAAUAUAUUUUUUACUUUAUAAGACAUAAUUAAACAUAAUAUUACUUUACAUCAAUUCGAUACUUAAAAAUUUAAAAUAAAGGAAUGUAUAAUAAUAGUAAAAUGAAUAAAAAUUUAAUUUUAUAAACUAAUAUAAAAUAAAUUUUUAUAUAUAAAUUAUUAACUUGACUAUAGAUUUUAUUUUUUUUUUGCUGUUUAUUAAUUUUUUGUUAUUAAAUACUAUAAUGCUAUAAGAAACAUUUUUUAAUGUAGUAUUAUAUUAUACUAAAACUAUUGUUAUAUAUUAAAAUUACAUAUAAAUUUAAUAUAAUAUAAUGAUAAAAAAAAGAGGAUUCAUAACUUUUAUUAAAUAAAAUAAAGUAAAAAUUCUAGUAUAUAUAUAAAUAUAUAUAGAUUGAAAAAUUAAUAUUUUCAAAAUUAUAAAUAAUUUUUUCUUUAAUUAAAGCAACUUGUUUCGAAAAAUUAGCUGCCUAUAAAUAAUGAAUCGUCUUAUUAUUUUUUCUAGUUGCAGAAAUUUUUUUAUUGACUUCCUUCAGUUUUAUACAUACUUGACAUUUUCGCAUCAAAAAAUUACUCUAACAAUAAAUAAAUUACUCACUUUAAUAAAAAUAAAAAUUAUUUAAUAACUUUAAAAUAUUAAUUUAUUAAUUCAUGUUUCUUAGAACUUGUUUUUUUAUUUGAUGAAUCUAUCUAAAAAUUAUAUCUAUCUUAAAAAUUAUAAAUCUUCUUUUUUAUCAUUUUGUAUAUGUAUUAUAUAUAUUAUACUAUUAACUAUAUUAACUAUUUAAUAAGACUACAAAAAUUAGUUUAAACGAAAUUUUUAUAUAUGUCAAUUAAAUUAAUUUAUAAAAAAAAUAUUGUAAGAUCAAAUUAAUUUAUCGCAUACACAUAUUUUAAAGCUUUCUAAUUUCUUUUCCAUAGAUAAAUAUAUAUAAUAAAUUAUGUAAAAAUUACUACAUGCAUUAAUUUUCCUGUCCUAAUCGUGCAUAGUGCAUUACCUAAAAUAAAAAACUUAAUUAAAUUAAAUUAUUAUAUUAAUAUUUAAAACUUGCUUUAUUAAAAUAAUAAAAUUUUAUCAAUAAAUAAUUAUGAUAAUAGAUAUUAUAUUUUAAUAUAUUUUUACAUAUAAAUUAUAUACAAUUAUAAUUCUAUAUAAUAUUAUAUUUAUAUAUCUAAAUACCUUUCAUAUUAACUUUUAUAUUAAUACAUGUGAACUGUCUGAUUCUGGAAAUUUAACUUUGGAAUUAUAAUAAAGAUCAUCAAUACCAGAACAAAUAGACAUACGAGACUUAGAACGUGCCAUAAAUUCACCUAUAUCAUCAAAAUCUUUAUAUCUAAAAUAUAUGUAGUAAAAUAAAAUAUUGUUAAUAAUAUUAUUAUUUGAUUUGGUAUUAUUAUUAAUAUUAAUAAUUUUCGAAUAAUAGAUAUAAAACUUACCUACUAACUGGACGACUUUGAUUUUCAGAAGAUUCUGAAGAAUUUUUCAUGACAGAAAAUCGAUCAUCUAUAUUAAAUGAUGUUACAUUGCCUAUUAAAUUUAUAAUUAGCAAGAUUUCAGGUCAUUUUUUGGAUGAGAUAUGUAAAAUAAAAUAAAUAUAAUAAUGUAAAAAUAAUUUACCAGAAGGAAAGAGCAUUGUAUGUUUUAAAAGAUCAUUAUUUAUAAAUGGUGAAAGAUUAUCAUCUUCUUCUGGUAAUAAAUGAUUAUCAUUUGUUAUAGAUUCUACCAUUUCCAACCAUUGCUGAUUAUGUGAUCUAAAUUUUUCUACUUUUAUGCGAGCUGCCCAAUUUUUAUCACAUAUCUAGAAAUUUAUAAAAUAAAUUUAUUUAUUAUCUAUAAUAAUGUAAAAUAAUUAUAAAUAAGAUUAUUUUAAAAAUAUACUUACAGCUAUUACAUCUAAACAUGCAUCACAUACUUUUCUAAUUGCUGCAUUUUUAUCAUGCAUAAGAUCUAUUAGAUAUCCAGGUGCUUCUGUAAAUAACAAAAAUAUUUUAAAAACAUAAAAUAUGAAAAAAUUUUUUCAUUUUUUAUGCAUUUUAGAAACAUUAUAUUUUACUAAUAAAGCAUAAAGAUUGAUUAUUACCAUUACCAGUCUCGCGUAUUAAAUAAUCUCUUGUUGAAUCAUGUUUAGAUAUUUGAUAAAAAAUAUAAAUUAUUUGUAAAACUAUUUCAUCAUCUUCUUGUUUUGCUACAAAAAUUAUUGAAAUUAUUAGAAGACAAUAUUAAUAUUUCUUAUAAUAUACAAACCUUUAAGAAGUUCAAUAAGAGAAAGCAAUAUAUCAGCUUUGCAUAAUAAACGUGCACAGUCUUCGUCAAAUGCUGCAGUACCCAAAAAUAUUACAAUUUCAAGUACUAAAUCGUCUGGUGCUUUACCUUUAGAUAAAAAAGAAUUGUGUAUAAAGAAAAUAAAUUUUGUAUCUAAAUAUAAUAAAAAUGUUUAACCUGGAACAAGAUUAUUACGUAUCCAUGGUAUUAAAUCACAUCGAUGAAGUAUUUGUGAAUAAUCCAAAUCAUGUAAUUCUAAAUUGCCUAGUACACCUAUAACUUCAAGCACAAAAUCUUGAGAAUCUGAUUGAUUUAAAGCCAUAGCAAAAUCACCCACAAAUUC